CGUGGGCAGCGCGUCAUGUGACCUGCGGCGCUGCGGGCCGGAGGCCAUGGCCGCUCCCCGCCCUCCCUGCGUGGUGCCGGGCGAAGCCUCGGAGAGCGACUCGGAGCCAGAGCUGCUGGUGGAGACGGCCGGGGAGGCCCCCGCCGCCGGGCUGAAGGUGCCGGGCGAAGCCUCCGAGACGGACGAGGAGGAGGAGGAGGAGGAGGAGGAGCAGCAGAGGCCGAAGACGCCGCCGGUGCUGGCGGAGGAGCCGGCGGCCGUGUGGGGGGGCGGCCCCUCGCUGCUGCAGCAGCGGCUACGGGAGGGGACGGGGCGGCUGCGGGGGGCGGUGGGCAGCGCCCUCCGGCAGAGCUACGGCAGCGCCGCCCGGAGCCUGGGGGGGCUCGGGGGAGCCCUGGGCCGGGCGCAGGUGACCGCCGCUGCGGCCGCUCACUGCCUGCGCCUGGCCCGCCGCGAUCUGCGCGCCGUGGCCGACACCAUCGACAUCGUCACGGCGUGUCACCUCCUGCCCGACAUCCGCGGGCAGCUCUGACCGGCACCGCCAGUGCCGCCGUGCUCGGCAUCCCCACUGCGGCUGGCGCCAGCGGCGGCACCGACACCUGGCAGACAUCUACGGGCAGCUGCCAGCAGCACUGCUGUGCUCGGCAUCGCCAGUAUUCUAUCUGCCACGGCAGGGUCGUCGCCGGCAGGAUCAUCAGUGCAGCAUCCUGCUGAGGGUGGAGUUCUGGUGACAUCGAGUCAUGUUUGCAGCACCCCACGCUGACCCUGAAGACCUCCUCACCACGGUGGCAUCAUCACUAGCGUAGCCACAGUGACACCAAACAGUGGCUUUGGCACAGAGACCGCCAGCCCGGUGCCCCAGGACCUGCAUGCUCCCCUGGCCAGCUGCCACCAUCCCUGAACUGCAGCCUGGUGCUGGCUCGUCACCGUUGUCCCCAGAUGCCACUGUUUUAUGUGACAUGGAACUGAAUAAAGCCGUGGUGGUGUCAGA